CUUCGAUAUUGGCUUCAUCGUUUGCUUUGUUCCUCUCUAAAUAAACUCGUGUAGCCAGAACUAGAGCGCUUUAAGUAUCGGUCGUAGCCAACCCAUGCCAAUUCCAGUUUCGUUUGCAUCCGAGGACAAUAUAAAAAGGUCUCUUCUUCCCACCAUGGCUAAGACGACCAUAUCGAGCGUAGAUUGGGAGAAGCGUCUUGAAGACGUUCGAGUCUCAAAAGAUGACCUUAAUCGCCUCGUAAUGGAUUACCUGGUUAUCGAAGGGUACAAGUCCGCCGCGGAAGAAUUCAGCAAGGAGUCGAAUCUUUCUCCACCUGUCGAGCUGGACAGUAUUGAAGCGCGCAUGAGUAUUCGUGAGGCUGUUCAAAGAGGAGAGAUUGAGGAAGCCAUCGCCAUGACGAACGAGCUCAAUACUGAGAUCCUUGAGACGAAUCCUCAGUUAUACUUUCAUCUUCAACAACAAAUCCUCAUCGAACACAUACGCCACGGUCGCAUCGCCGAAGCACUCCAUUUUGCUCAAACAGAACUCGCGCCGCGCACGGAAGAGAAUCCUGAGUUUUUGGCCGAGCUUGAACGUACGAUGGCUUUGAUGGCAUUCGAUUCGACGCCGGAACCUCCAUCGACCGUCGCUGAGCUUCUUCGUCCAACUCAGCGGAUGAAGACGGCUGGUGAGCUGAAUGCAGCGAUACUGGAAAGUGCAAGUCAAGGCACGGAGACGAAACUGUUACAGCUUAUCAGAGUGCUGUAUUGGGGUGAGAAACUGCUUGAGGAGAAGGCUGAUUUUCCCCAUGUGGAAUUUGGGGCAUAGCGUAGAGAGAGAGCGGCUGUGUAUGUGUUGCAGCGUUGCCUGAAAUCAGCCCACUGUGGCGUCGUGGCGAUGGCGGUUCACGGGGAGGUGAUCCCUUCUCAAAUUGUCAUGGACAAUCAACAUCGGCGCUUGGGUGCUGUCUCCUUGUAGUCUUCAUUCUGUUGUAUCUUUAGGGUUGUCGCUGCUCUUCGCAGUGCAUGGGUCUAAUUCUCAGCAUACGUUCAGCAUACGUUUGGUCAUUAAUGCCU